AGCGUGGGCUAUUCCCGAGGCAGAGCUUCAGUCAUUAUUCACACACAAUCCAUCCAACGGUAAUCCAUCAAACGGUACUCUAUCCAACGGCCCUUUUUUCUUCUUUUCUUCCUUCUCCCGCCUUCUCGUUCCAUGGGGUGCCUGCUGAAGCUGCAUGCCAGAUGCAGCAUUAUGAGUGAUGUUAGUGUUACUCAGGCUGCUGUCAAUCAGACCGAGCCACCGAGACACCGAGCAACCACCCACAUCCAUCGCCUCGUUCACGACCACCUCGACCAACCAACCACCAACACAGGCCCGGCUGUGUCUUCCGAUUCGAUUACCGCCCCGGCCUGCUUCGGCACUCCCUAUUGACGCAAGCGUCUUCUCAGUGGGCCACUCGUACGGCAUCUUUCCCUGGUCUGCUCUCAAAGAGACGUCCUUGGCGGCCCCAUGUCGACUCGUGCAUCCCACAGAGUCCAGCUCCCAGGCUGCCGUCUCGAUGGCACCUGAGGUACCUAGACUCGGGUCGAAAGGGGUCUGGGGAUUGGAUGGUCGUUUCCAUCACAAAAGGCCCCGCAGUGUCCGCAAAACUACCGCCACCGGGUCAGGAUCCCCCCCGCAACGGGAAAGGGCAGCGCUAUAUCAUUCCCCGUCUGAUGUCAACCAGAACAAAAGUGCCAAAGAUAUGGAGACAGUGAUAUUGUUCACCAUUGUCUUCUAUUGUUUUCCUUCCGACCCCGAGACGUCAGCGGCCAGACACCCUCUUCUCGAACAGUUUGGGGUCCGUUUCGCCACCAACAGUAGGCCAUAUCGACACCAACGGCGUCGAACAGCAGCUGUUCUGGCCUAGUCGGCGCUCUGGCUCGAUAUAUAAUCCCCGCUGGCUCUCCUUCUCCAAAAACCACUCAACCGUCGCCUCGGGGAACCACCAGAGACAGGAUUAACCACAAGCCUCCGAGUUGCCUUUAGGACACCACGGCAGACA